UUGCCGACAGAAUGUGCUUGGUUUUGCCACUCCCCUUAAAUAUGUAUAGUGGCUAGAGAAGCAGAAUGAGUGCAAUUCUAAUAUGAUAGGAUAUGUCAAGACAAUGUUGGGGCAUUCUUUCAGCCAAUAAAUGCCUGAAACGUUGAUUUUGGUGUGAAACCCAAGCCUCAAACUCAAAUACAUUGUGUCGAGGAUCGAGUCGUGGGGUGGCAUCCUCUCUCUCCGUCCUCACUUUCCUGAAAAAGCAGCUCCUUCCUUGUAGUCAGUGGAGAUGAGAAGAAUAACGGGAAUGGCAAGCGAAGAAACUUUGAUCGAAAUGAAGAGCGCAAUGGAUUCGCAGAUUGGAGGUAAAGAGCACAUUCGGAGAUUAGCCUACUUUGGUAAUAUACAAGAGGAAUGUAAUGGCCACAGUCGUAAUAACUCUAUAGAGGACAGAGGAACACAGCUACCUGGACACACAGAGACUGACAGACUACAGCAGAACAAAGACACCGUGUUCUUCAGGGACGGGGUUCGCAGGAUUGACUUCAUACUGUCCUACCUAGAUGACAAGGAUGGAGAGAAGAAGCAGGAGAGGAGGAGGGAGUUUGAGGCCAACCUUAGGAAGGCUGGACUGGAGCUUGAGACUGAGGACAAAUCGGACUCAGAUGAUCUGAAAACGUACUUCCUGAAGAUCCACGCCCCAUGGGAGGUGUUGGCCACCUACGCUGACGUGCUGAAGAUCAAGGUUCCCUUUAAAGAAAGCGACAUCCCCCACGGACAGGACGUUCCACUGGAGUGGCUCUCCCGACCGUUCCGCCUGCCAGAGAAGGUGAUGCGCCCACAGCCUGACUACUUCACCUCUCCAUUUGAUAAGGACAAGAUAGACUUCUUCCUCAUCAAAAACCGAGACACCUUCUUCCCCCCCUCCACACGCAACAGAAUUGUGUACUACAUCCUGUCUCGCUGUCCGUACUAUAAAGAGGACCGCAAGGAGACAGACAAGAAAGGUAUCAAGCGGUUGCUGAACAACGGGACCUACACCUCAGCCUUCCCACUUCAUGAUUGUCGAUACUGGGAGAGGAACACAAAUGAGCAGUGUGAGAGCGAACGCUACCACCUCUAUAAGAAUUGGGCUAGGUUCCUCUGUUUCUACAAGGAGCAGCCCCUCAACCUCAUCAGGAAGUAUUAUGGGGAGAAGAUUGGGAUCUACUUUGCCUGGCUGGGCUUCUACACAGAGAUGUUGUUCUUUGCUGCGGUCAUGGGCGUCAUAUGUUUUACUUAUGGUGUGCUAAGCUACGAUGAUAAUUUAACAAGUAAGGAGAUCUGUGACCCCAGCAUUGGAGGGAGUAUUGUGAUGUGUCCACUGUGUGAUAAGAAGUGUAGUUACUGGAAGCUCAACUCCACGUGCCUCUCAUCCUGGCAAUCCCAUCUGUUUGAUAACGAGGGGACCGUGUUCUUUGCCAUGUUUAUGGGGAUCUGGGUGACUCUGUUCCUGGAGUUCUGGAAGCGGCGCCAGGCCCAGUUGGAGUAUGAAUGGGACCUGGUGGAUUUUGAGGAGGAGCAGCAGCAGCUCCAGAUCCGCCCGGAGUUUGAGACCAAGUGCACUGACCAGAGACUCAACCGGAUCACCCAGGAAAUGGAGCCAUACCUUCCCCUCCCCAAAAAGUGUGGUCUCUUUUGCUUCUCGGGUGUUACUGUUCUGUUCUGGGUGCUUCUGAUUGUGGCCUGUAUCACUGGGGUGAUAGUCUACAGGCUGGCUGUGUAUGCGGCCUUUGCCAGCAUCAUGAAGGACAGCCCCACUAAGAAGAUCCAUCUGGUGGGCUCUCUCAUCACCCCGCAGCUCGCUACCUCUGUCACCGCCUCCUUUAUCAACUUUGUCAUCAUUAUGAUCCUUAACUUCUUCUAUGAGCGAGUGGCCAUCUGGAUCACUGAUAUGGAAAUUCCCAAGACACAUCUGGAGUAUGAAAACAAGUUGACAAUGAAGAUGUUCCUCUUCCAGUUUGUCAACUACUAUUCUUCAUGUUUCUACGUGGCCUUCUUCAAGGGCAAGUUUGUGGGUUACCCAGGCAACUACACGUACAUGUUUGGCAAAUACAGCAGGCUGAGGAACGAGGAGUGUGACCCAGGAGGCUGUCUGAUUGAGCUGACCACCCAGCUGGUGAUCGUCAUGACAGGGAAGCAGGUGUGUGGGAACAUCCAGGAGGCCCUACUGCCGCUGCUGAGGAACUGGUGGUGCAGCAGGAAGGCCCGGAAAGAUCAGUACAGCCGCUGGGAGCAGGACCAUGACCUGCAGAACUUCAGCCAGCUGGGCCUGUUCUAUGAGUACCUGGAGAUGGUAAUCCAGUUUGGCUUCAUCACUCUGUUUGUGGCCUCUUUCCCCCUGGCCCCCCUGCUGGCCCUCUGUAACAACAUCCUGGAGGUCAGAGUGGACGCCUGGAAGUUCACCACCCAGUUCCGCCGGCCUGUGGCGGCCAAGGCCCACAACAUCGGAGCAUGGCAGGAGAUCCUCAAUGUGGUAGCCAUCUUGUCCGUUGUCACCAAUGCAUUCAUCAUGGCCUUUACUUCAGACAUGAUCCCCCGCCUGGUCUACCUGUAUGCCUACCACCCUGGCUCUGAAGCCACCAUGAGUGGCUACAUCAACAACAGCCUGUCAGUGUAUGACAUCUCCCAGAUCCCUCUUCUCAGUACGCCCGAGGAGGGGGCGAUUCCUGCCUGGUUCAACAGCUCCUUCAUCACCACCUGCAGGUACCGUGACUACCGCUACCCUCCAGGCCACCAGAGGCAGUACUCCCACACUAUGCAAUUCUGGCACAUCCUGGCAGCCAAACUGGCCUUCAUCAUUAUCAUGGAGCACGUGGUGUUUGUGGUGAAGUUCUUUGUGGCCUGGCUGAUCCCGGAUGUGCCAUCCGAGGUGAAGGCUCGGAUCAAACGGGAACGUUACCUCAUCCAGGAAUACCUGCACAACUACGAGGUGGAGAAGCUCAAGAUCCAGCUGAGUCAGAGUUUUAUCAUUGAAGCCAAACCUGAGGUCUGCACUGCCACCGACAAGCAUGACGUGUUAUCUGAGUGCCUGUAGGCCCCCAAUCAGUAACUCACACCCACCUGGCUAACCUGGCUAACCUAACUGGGAGGGUGUUUCUGUGAAGGCUCCUCCACUGAUGGCAAACAGAAGUACAGUAAAGGGCUUCUGUCAGUGGGGCAAUCCUAUCAACUGUUUCUCUUUGUUUUGUUGUUUGUUCAUUUUCUAAUGAGCAGCUAGCAGAUUUCAACCUUUUCGCCUAUAUUAGGACUUUCAUUGGAGGCAGGGACGGAUUAAUUUCAUCGAUGAUCCCAUCUCGUCACCUUUUCUCAGCGUCCAAUGCUGAUGCAAUGCAAGCUCCUAUUGUUCAGCUUGCUUCAUAUCUUCUGUGCAAUGAUGUUUCUUGCAAGUGAUUCGUCAUUCAGUGCCAGUGUUGAUUGUGAUAGGAUAUUAUGGAAUCCUACAAAAGUAUGUGCCAACUUGUUAAAUGCUAUUGGGAUUCAUGGUAUUGUACCAGACAAUAUACAGCUUCUUGAAAAAAAUGUAAUAUCAUGCUCACCUUAUCCACAAUGUCAUAAUAUGUUACUAACAUAUCCAGCAAAGACUGCCAAAGAUAUCCCAUGGCUUUUAUCGGCAGCUAUCUAAUUAAUUACCUUUAAAGUAAUAUGCAUGUUUGAUAGAAUGUAACAUAUAAAAUCUAAUUUAUUUGCCUUCAAAUGUUGGCAUGUUAUCUGCUUCAAUUUGGCUGUAGCUGGGCUACGUUAAAUGUGAUGUGUUUUCCUUUCAUUACUGUCAUGUAUUUGAGAUAUUUUCAUUGGAGUCAAUGUAAAAACUGUAAAUUAAAGGCCCAAUGCAACCGUCUGUAUAUCAAUAUCAAAUCAUUUCUGGGUAACAAUUAAGUAACUUAUCGUAAUAGAUUUCCAUAAAAAUUGGCUACAAUUGCUUCUGAGCAAAAAACUAUUUUUUCAAACAAGAAUUUUGCUAGGACUGUGGGAGUAGUCUUGAGUGGGGAGGGGAAAAUUCAAAACUAGAUGUUAUUGGCAGAGAGGUUUGGAACUCUCUUUGUAUUUGGUCUAUCAACCAAUUUACCACAUGGUGAUGUCACCAUGGAAAGCCGAAACUCCUAUCCAUGCAAACCUGAUGAUUAGGAGGUCCUGUGUAUAUUGUAUGUUCAACCAGCGAUUAUCAGGAAAUAACACUGAUCACAUUUUUUCACACUUUUAGAGUGUUAGUUUCAUCAGCUGUUGUACAAUUGCAAUAUAAAACGCAGGAAAAAAGCAUUUUGACUGCAGUGGCACUUUAAAAACUGUUUCUCUCAGCUGGGUAAUGAUAGAUAGAGAUACUGUAAUGGUCCAAGACGGUAAUACACCCAUAUGUCUACUGUAUAUAUGUUUGGUCUGAUAGAGCCCUUUCCAGUGGAUAUAAUCUACACUCAGUUUGAAAUGUUUUGAGUGGCAUAUUAAGUCAUACCAGACAAAAUAUUAGCCCUGUGUUUGGGGUUGCAUUCCUCUUCCUUGUUUAGAUUUAUGGCGAGAUAUGCAACUUGUAUGUGUGAUUUCUUCUGGUGUGGGACCCAAAUGUGUUUUUGCCUGUGUUACUUGCACAUGUAUCUAUCUGCUCUUUAUUUUGACACUUAUCAAACUCAUUGUAAGCAGGAAAAUCAGAUUCCUCAGCCCUGUUAGUCAUUACUCACUUAAGUUAAGUUGAUCAUUUCUAUGUGCUUUUUCAGUCAUACUCUAUAUCUGUACACAGUAGCACAAUGGGAGGCCUUCUCUUUUUAAUGUUGUUUUAGCACAGAGCGCUUAUAUGGGACUAAUUGUAUUUAGCCAAUUAGUCUUUCAGACAGAAAACCACUACAUUAUUACUGUUUAAUGUCAAUCAUUCCAACAUGUCUGGAUGGUCUCAUAUUAAAAGGAAAGUUGACUUUAGAUUACAUGUUUCAAAGCAAUUGUUAUGAAAUUCAACUUCAAAAGGGACUGUAGCUUAUUGAAUCGAUUUGAAGUUACUGUAAUGUGAUUUGUGCAAACAGAGGUGUUAGCUAUACAGUAUAUAGACUCAGAGUAUGCAUCACAAUCUCGUGUCCCAUAGACAUUUAAUGUAAGGAAACAUGCAUCAUUUAACCUGCAUAAUGUCCCCUUUACAGCAAUCAGUUCACACUAUGUUAUCACAGCCUGUAUACACAUGAAGAAUGUUGGUAUGUACAGUAGUUGCCACAUUAAGUUCAGUUAACAAAUCACUUAUUUAGAUUGUUGUACAGAUUACAUUUGUAAAGUAUAGUUUACUCAAUGUAGGAUUAGGUCUUAUAAUGCAGUUAAUUCUGUAAUAUAUUGAUCAGAUUUUAUUUGUAGGCUUUUUCUAGGUUCAUCUGUUUUGAACUAAUCUGUUUUGUAAAUUUUAAUAGCCUCUCAUGCUGAUGGUGGAAACUAUACCCCUGGAUGAUUUUACUUGGUAUAACUUCAACUUUAAAGUCACAUGCUACAUCACUAUCUCAGGCUUGUCAAUAUUCCAGUGCUUGACUAACACCACUCUCAGCCAUACAGACAAAAUCCCUUGGGAGACUCUUGACUCCACAUGUCCUUUUUGCAUGCAGGGUGCAAGCCAUAGUACAUGACCAGUAGAUCAAUGCCUUAAAUGUCUAUGUUCACUUUUUGUGAUGUUCUUCAAAAACAAUAACUUUCUAUUGUUCUAUUCCUGUGAUGUUUCACAACUCAUAUGUUUUAAAAUCAUAGUCUGUGUUGUCAUUAUAUGUUGUCUUGCUUGUUUUGCAUGAAAGGCUAUUGACCUUAUUAACAACAUUUUGAUAAUGUAAGUCCUUUUAAAUAAAAUAUUUCAGGAUUUUAAA